AUGUUGAUCAUGAGAGUCUUGACUCCAUUUUUACUUUUGCUUCUGUCUGCUGAUGUAAAUGCACAUGAUUCACCGCGGGGUGCUAAUCCCGAGGCUCAAGAUGGGAUAUUUACCGUCAUUGACGAGCUUGUUGAACAGUGGAAGCUUGACCACCCUUCUCUCAGCCAGGAGCAAGUCUCCAAUAUCCAUGCCACGGCGCAGCAGAUGAAGGACAACUUGAUUAACCCACCACCUCCUCCUCCGCGUGUCACUGUGCCCGUGAGCAAGCCGACAAAUGUUCCUCUACCUGGUGUGCGUCCCCUUGGUAGAUUGCUGAGCAACAGCACCGGUGGUUAUCACGGCGCAAACUCAACCCUGGACCGAGCCAUUCAGAUUGUCCGACAAGCUCAGCGAGAAGCCGAUGCUCGGAACAAGGAGCGAUUUGCCAAUCCUCGCAUCAAUACUUACUACGAUGGACACGGUGCUGGUGCAAAGAGGGCUCGAGCUGUAGACAAUGCAUCUCUCCACAUCAAUGAAACAGUGACUGCUGCCGCCGCCAUCGUUGCGGAAGCCACCGAGGCCAAUGCCACCAGCAUAGAUCACGCCAAGUAUAUUUUGCCACCUCACGUUGCGUCCAAAGUCGCCCAACUCCACGGCCAGUCACCUCUGGCAAAGCGAGCAGGCCCCGAGUCAAACUCUGGCUUUUGGAUGGAGAACAUAGCCCACGAGGGCAUAGUUCCCUUUGGUGGCUCUGCCAAUAACGGGUACAAAGUAUUCAGAAAUGUCAAGGACUACGGUGCAGUGGGCGAUGGCAAGACGGAUGAUACGGAUGCUAUCAACAAAGCAAUGUCGGAUGGUAACAGGUGCGGUGCCGACUGCGGUUCGUCAACUAUCAAGCCGGCCAUUGUAUAUUUCCCGUCCGGUACAUAUCGUGUUCGCCAGACUAUUCCGCUGUUCUACAACACUCAGGUUAUCGGUAACCCAAACGAUCUACCCGCUAUCGUCGCAGAUGCAAACUUUAUAGGUUUGGGUGUCCUCUCAUCCGAUGAAUAUACAGGUGGCCAUGGCGGUGCAGACGAGUGGUAUAUCAAUCAAAAUAACUUUCUUCGCCAAGUUCGCAACUUGAUCAUUGACACCAGCUUGGCCAAGAUGAAGAGCAUUGCUGGGCUACACUGGCAGGUUGCGCAAGCAACUAGCAUUUUCAACGUUCAUUUCAUAGGGUCCAGAGACAGAAGCAAGAAACAUAUUGGUAUAUUCGCAGAGAAUGGCAGCGGUGGAUUCAUGGGUGACCUUGUCUUCACAGAUGUUACAAUUGGCAUUCGCUGCGGAAAUCAACAAUUCACCUCGCACUCCCUCUUGUUCUAUAAUGUCGGUAUUGCCGUUGACCUCCUAUGGGAUUGGGGAUGGACGUGGAAGAACAUUUACAUGGUGAACACGGAUGUUGGUUUUUAUAUGACUGGGGAUUACAAGGGCGGGUCCAUGAUGGUCCUGGACAGUCAUUUCGAAGUUGUGAACUUGGGUAUCUCCAUCAACACCAACAAGGGUGCAACCGACGCUGAACAGUUCUCCAUCACGCUGGAGAACAUCAUCAUGAACUCCGUGAGGACCAUGGUUAUUCACGGGUCUUCGAACAGUUUAUUGAAGGGAGGUUCCUCGACCAUCGAAUCCUGGAUUAGUGGAAGAGUGUAUGAUGAUGACAAUCCAGAAGGUGCCUUUGUCAAUGACAGGAAGUCCAGAAUGGCAGAGAGAGAGCCGUCGCUUGUCAGGACAAAUAUUGUCGCCACUGACGGAUACUAUAUCCGUAGCAAGCCCCAGUACGAGACCAAGUCGCCAGAUUUCUUCCUGAGCGCUCGAGCCCUAGCGAAAGGUGACGGUGUCAGUGAUGAUACGUUCGCCUUGACAGUUGCCGCUGCCAUUGCGAAGGAGAAGGGACAGGCUCUGUACAUUCCCAUGGGCUCUUACAUCGUCACCGAAACAGUGGUUUUCCCCGCAGGUUCCGUCAUUGUUGGCGAGUGCUGGGCUCAAAUUGUAGCCAAAGGAAAGUACUUCGAGGACGCAUCCAAUCCGCUGCCAGCCGUUGCCGUUGGAAAUUAUGGUGAAACUGGCUCAAUGGAGAUUCAGGACUUACUCCUGACUGUGCAAGGACCAACCGCCGGUGCCGUCUUGAUGGAGUGGAACAUUGCACAAGACAUGCAAGGGUCGGCAGCCAUGUGGGACGUCCAUUUCCGCAUCGGGGGCGCCGCGGGCUCUAAAUUGGAGGCCUCAGACUGUCCUCCGGAUACUUGGAAAAAUAUCUGGGCUUGGGUCGCUGAUCAUGAACUUGAUGGCGGCCCUAGCCAGACGCAAAUUGACAUCUAUGCUGCGAGAGGGAUUCUGAUCGAGAGUAGAGAAGGCCCCGUUUGGCUAUACGGGACGUCAUCAGAACAUGCUGUUCUCUACCAGUACAUGUUAUAUGGUGCAAGCAAUGUCGUCAUGUCAAUGAUUCAAACAGAGAGUCCAUACUAUCUGCCAGACCCGCAAGCCCCGGAGCCCUUUAAAGACACCGCUAGAUUUGUUGGAGACCCCGACUUCAAUGACUGCCACUCAUCGAAUCCUCAUUGCGCCGCAGCCUGGGGUCUCUCCAUCAUUAGCUCCACCAAUGUGCGUAUCUAUGGAGCCGGUUUGUAUAACUGGUUUCAACGAUACACGCAGCAAUGUGUCGAUACGCAAGACUGUCAGCAGCGGGUCGUCAAAGUCAAGAAUAGCGGUCAAAUCUGGAUGUACAACAUAUACACGAUCGGUACUGUCGAGAUGAUCAACCACGGCGAUGAUAAGCCUGUAUUGGCCAAAGAUAACACAAACACCAAUGAGCACCCAUUCACUUCGGUGGUGAACGGUUGGCUUCGUGCUUCAACUGGGCAGGCUUCGAGUGAUGGCGAUGAUGACGAUGACAAAGACGAUGACGAGGAUUAUGGCACUCUGAAUGACUGCAAUGGCUGGUAUGAUACACUCGAGCAAAUUCAGUCUGCAUACAAUUCCAUCCCAUCGGAAUGUAUCAACAAGUAUCUGGCCAAGGCUUUUCAUAUGAGCCUCACCAGCAGCAUGAAGAACUAUGACAAGAUUAUGCAGAAUGACUACCACUCCAAGUUUAAGGUUUACCACGAUCUCGUCGAAGUGCAAUCUCGUUUCCAGAUACGAAAGUAUAUGCUCGAUGAUAAAGCCGAAGGAUGGCACUGCGAGAUGUCGCAACAUCGAAAAUGCUGUGAUCAGUGCGCCGGUGGCGGCGGUUACCUGGACGAUAUUUGCUUUCAUCUGGACUGCUUUGGACCCAAUCAGGGCUCCCCCACGAAAUGCAGCAGCGGCAAGAGCAAAGUAGUGCCUUGCCCGACGUCCGUGGGAGAUCUCCCAGAUGCCCUAACCUGGGUUCUGGACGACAAGGAAAAGUAUUUCAGCAAUCUGGAGAAGAACUACGGUGUCCUCCGGGAUUGGGUCAAGUUUGAAGAUCUCGACGUCUACAACGUUUACGGUUGCGUCUGGUUUCAGCACGAAGAUGACCCCCAGGGCCUCGAGAGAUGCCAAAACAAUAGCGAUACCUUUUGGAGAAACUUUCCAGAUCUUCAGAGGAAUUUCAAGCUUGAAGACCCGUCAGAGGUCAUUAAAACUGCUCACGAUAAGACUGCGAAUCUGUUAACUGAGAACGAGAUGCAAAUGCGCAUGGCCGAAUUCGCCUUAAUUCCCUGGGCGGAUGUUGCCAACACACUCGCCCUGCCCGCCAUGUCGAUGAACGCUGCUGUUAAGAACAUGGAAGGCAUUGUCCGCGUUGCCAACAAAAAGAUUGAAGAGGACCGCCAGCAAGGCAUUGCAGCAAUAAUUACCGCCGUCUUGUUCUUCAUACCGUUUGUUGGCGAAGUCGCUGGUGCUAUCGGCGUGACUGUACUCCGCACAAUAAUUGAUCUUGCUGGCGCCUUUGCUGAUAUAGGCUACAGCAUCUACGACUCCGUCAAGAAUCCCGACAACGUGCUCUCCAACAUGUUUGGUAUCAUCUUUGCAGCUGGAGGGAUGAGGGGGGCUUUCAAGGCAGCCUCAGCCGAAUGGAGGGCUCUGAAGCAAGACAAGAUUGAACAACUGCCCUCGUCGUUUCAUAAAGAUGUAACUGCCAUGCGAAAGAUGCAGGCUUCAUGUAAACUAUAA